AUGCCGCCGCCGCCGCAGCCGAACGGGGGCAAGGUGACCCCGAACCUGGCCAUGGACGCGGAGGCCACGCGGGUGCUCAACCUCACGGUGCUCCAGCGCCUGGACCCCGCCGUCGAGGACAUCCUCAUCACCGCCGCGCACGUCACGCUCUACGACUUCAACAUCGACCUCAACCAGUGGAGCCGGAAGGACGUCGAGGGGUCGCUGUUCGUCGUCAAGAGGAACUCGCAGCCCAGGUUCCAGUUCAUCGUCAUGAACAGGCGCAACACUGAUAAUCUGGUGGAGGAUCUCUUAAGUGAUUUUGAAUAUGAACUUCAACCUCCAUAUUUGUUGUACCGGAACGCUUCACAAGAAGUAAAUGGAAUUUGGUUUUACAAUCAACAUGACUGUGAAGCUGUUGCAAGUCUAUUUGGAAGGAUACUGAAUGCUUACGCCAAAGUACCUCCAAAACCAAAAGCGCCUUCCACAAAAAGUGAGUUUGAGGAACUAGAACCUCCGCCAGCAUCUGCUGCUAUAGAUGGCCCUCUUGAACCUCCGCCAGCAUCUGCUGCUGUAGUCCUUGAUACUCCUGAAGAAUCAUUGAUCAAUUACUUCAGUGGCGCUGCUAGCAUUGGAAGUGUAUCAAACGCACCACUGUCUGGAAGAGUGCACCCGUCUACUGAGAGCGUUCCAUCUUCCCAUGUGCCAUUGAUCAUUCCAUCUGCUGCUCCAACACAUCAACUACCCCCUUCAGUAGCUUCAUCAGCUCCACCAUUGCCCAUCCAUGACACUAACGCCCACACUAGCUGGUCAACAAAUCUUGUGACACCGGAUUUCUUUGUGCCUCCACCAUCCUCUACAGCUCCACUGGCUCCGCCAGGUGCAUCUGUGAUUCCUACUGCCCCGCCUCUUCAUCCGACUCCAGCAUCUGUUCAGCGUUCUCAAUACGGCACCCCACUGCUCCAACCUUUUCCACCGCCCACUCCACCUCCUUCCCUUAACCCUCCACACAGCGAUAGACCUGUUGUUACAAGGGAUAGAGUCAAGGACGCGCUACACAGACUUGUUCAGAGCGACGAGUUCAUCGACUUGUUGUAUCGGGAAUUGCAGAAAUCACUUGUAUAG